AUGAGUCAGUUAUCUUCAAAACCUGAUCGAAGCAAUUCAGAUGAUGAUGCUGACAGUACUGAGUCAGAUCAAUUAUCACCACCUACAAAACGACGUUGUCAAUCAUCUAAUUUACAAUUAUGUCUUCCGAAUCAAUCAUCAUCUGUUCUAGUUCAUUUAUUACCUGAUGAUGUUAAAGAAAAUAAAGAAGAAUGCAGAUCAUGUGGAAAGCAAGAAAUAUUAUUAAGAGCAUUCAAUUGUCCAUCAUUACAUUAUUUUUGUUUAAAUUGUAUUUUUAAUUGGACCAAAAAACAUAUUCAGACAAAAACACCACCGGCAUGUUUAGUAGUUGAUUGUGGUUAUUUAUUAAAGCAUGAAGAUCUUGAUGAUUUACCAAUAACUAUAAAAGAUCAUCAAAUACUUCUUCAAUUAAUUCAAAUUAAUAUAGAUAAAAAUGAGGCAAUAAAUAAUUUUCGCAUAAAAUGCGAUAAAUGUUGUUUAUAUAUUGAUCAACAUGAUUUUUUUAUACAUUAUAAUCAAUGUUUGGGAAGUUCUGUUACAAUUCCAUGUGAAAUAUGUUUUUGUCCUAUUUUAAUGGAUGAUUAUGAACAACAUAUGUUACUAUGUACUAAUGAUGAUAAUACAACAUUAGCUCAAUUUUUAUGUAAACAUUUACAAAAUCCAAAUAUUGAUGUAAAACAUAUUAAAUUAUUUAUUUCCUCAUGGCAACGAAAACAUCGACGAGCUAUUGAUGUUUAUGAAAUGAUAGAAACAUUAAAUCAAACAAAUGGAUUUUCAAAAGAAACUUGUGAUGUAUGUAGAAAUUCAAUGCAAUCAGAUGCAUUUUAUUUUUUAAAUUGUUAUGAAAAUCAUUCAUUAUGUCUAUUAUGUUAUAAACAACGUUUACAAAAUCAAAUGAACAACAAUGUAGUAUUAACAUGUCAUCAAUGUACUUAUCAUUUACAAGAUAAAGAUUUAUCCGAAACACGUAUAUUUACUAAUGAAGAAAUUGUUUCAUUUCAAAAUUAUCAGAGUAAAAAAGUCUUCGAAUUGUAUAGUAAUCUCUAUGGUGCAGAAGAUGUACCCGAUGUAAAUGUUACUGCUCAACCCCAACAACAACAGCAACAACAAAACGAACUAACAGUAAUGAAUGAUGAUAAUACACCUCGUCGUAAAUGUGAAUUAUGUUCAAAACUACAUUCCUAUGGAAAUAUAUUUGUAUUGAAUUGCAAUUGUAAAAUAUGUUAUAAUUGUUUUGCUAAUGAAGUUAAUCGCCAAAGAACAAUAACAAAUGAAUUACUCAUUUGUUCACUUUGUCGUAGUCCAAUAAAAUAUAAUGAUCUUUCAAAUUUACGUUUACCACCUGAUGAAAUUCAAGCUAUACAAUCAUAUCAACAAGGAAAAUUAUUUGAAGCUGAACAUGCAGUACAUUUUAGUCGACAAAAAAGUAGUCAGAUCACAAAUAAUGAUUAUAAUCAUGACGGUGAUGAUGAUGAUGAUGUUGAUGUAUUACUUUUAAAUCAACAGCAAUAUUUACCUAAAUAUUGGACAUUACCAAUGUUAACUAAUUUUUCUCGUCAUACACUCGAUCUACAAUCAACAGAAUACACCUUUGUAGCCGAUCGAUUUCAUCACAGUUGGGCAAACUUGAAAAAUCACCUUUCUGCUCCUGUUCCAUCGUUAAGAACAGUGCGACGUCCAAGACUACCCCAAUCAGCAGUGGCACCGACACCGAUAGGACCAUCACCGAUACUGAUAGGGCCACCACCGUUACCACAAUCAUCGGUUUUUGUUCCAUCAAUAAAUAAUCAUGCAGCAACACAGUUACAAGCAGUAUUAUUGCAACGAAUUCGUUCAAUACAAGUUCCCAAUACUAAUAGUAAUAAUGGAUCUGCAAUAAAUCAACAACAGCAACAACAACAACAACAACAGCAAUAUCAUGGUUUCGGAAACUUGCCAUAUAAUCUAUCUCUUGGAACAAAUCCAAUGGCUCCACAGCCAUCAGGAUCAUUACCUAUGCAUCCUUCGAUGCCUUUUCUCUCACAAUCAAUGUAUGGGCCAAAUAUGCUUAACACAGCUCCUAGAGGUCCACCUCCUAUGCCUCCAGGAAGCACACAACCAGUAGCACGUCUACCUGCACAACCUCGACCUGCUGCACCAACUACACCUAAGCCAGAAAUAAUUCAAAUAGAACGCAUUCAAAAUCAGCGUUGGUUUAAACAAUAUUCAGCACAUAAAUGUGAAUUUCGACAAAAAAUAGGCAAACACACUGAACAAUGGCUUUUUCAUGGUUGUGAUGAACGAUCAUCGAAAAAUAUUGAAGUCGAAUGGUUUAAUCGUUCGUAUGCUGGUCAACAUGCUGUAGCUUUUGGACAAGGUUGUUAUUUUGCACGCGAUGCUUUGUACAGUCAUAAUUAUGCAUUACCCGAUCGUAACGGUAUUCGACGAAUGUUUCUUGCUCGAGUUCUUAUUGGUAAUACUACUCAAGGAAAUUCAACUAUGCGUGUUGCACCACCUGGUUAUGACACAACUGGUGAUGGCCAAAGUAUUUUUGUAACAUAUCAUGAUUCUCAAGCUUAUGCGGAAUAUUUGAUAAGUUAUCGGUGA